UUACUGGCUUGUGGAAUGGAUAGAGUGAGCGAAAAUGACCUGUUGCGGUCUCUUUGAGGACAAACUCGACAAAGAAAACGGCAGAAAAAAGGAGUAGUAGGAGACGUUUUCUUCAAUGAUCCCUAGACUUUGUCACAGUAAAUUUAAACCAGAGAAUUAUAGGCUCCCCUCAGUCCCACAGCAUGGCAAAAACAAACUAGUAACCACUAAACUUUGUGAGCAGUUAUAUAGAUCACCAUGUAGAUAUGAUUUUGAUGCUACAACGCCUAGAGAGUACAUGAAGCCAGCACUAAUGGAAUACAACAGUCUUUACGAUCCUCAUCUGAAAUCUUAUUUCUAUCGUCCAGACAUUGCUGAGAAACUAGUGCAAAACGGUUUUGUGACCGAAGAACUUGAUGUACUAAUGCCGUUAAGGACUUACAAUAUAUUUAGAAAAUUCAUGGAGAAUGAGUUUCUACGAACUCAUAGACAAAAGGCAGAGGAACAGGAACCUAGAUGUAGCAAGAUUAAGUUAGCUAGGAAAGCAGCGAUACUGUCAAGCAGAACCGUCAAUCAUGAGAGAGAAGAAAAGAGGAGGAGGUUUUUGUUAGAGCAAGAACAAGCAAUUCAAUUGAGGAAGAUGAAAUUGGAGGAGGAGAGGAACAAGGAGAUACAGAAGAAAGAAGAAGAAGCAAAAUUGAGGAAAAUAGCUCAGGAGAAGUUAGAGGCUGAGCGAGAUGCUGAAAGGGAGAGACUACAAAUAUUAAAAUUUGAGAGAACAAAACAGGAAUACUUGAGGCGAAAGAAACUUUAUGCAAAGGAGAAGGCAAUGCAGGACCAGCGCCUCACACAACUUAAGGAAAGCAGACAAAAGCAAAGAGAAGAUCAAUUUACUAAACGUGAGAAUCUGUUGAAACAGCACAAGGAACAUCAUCAAUUGCUGUCAGAGAAAGAGGAAGAACAAAAAGCAAAAAUACAGCAACUAAAGUUGGAGAGACUAAAGCACAGAGAAGAGCUUUAUCUGACAUUACAACACAGAGAAGAAGAAAAGAAGAAAAAACUGAUGGAAUUUCAUCGAAGGAAAAGUGUCGAAUUAAAAGAAGAAGCGGAUCAGUUUGAGCGACACUGGAAAGAAAUACACGAUCAUGAGAUUGAGGAAUGUCAUCGUAAAAUACAGCGAAAGAAAGAGUUUUGGCUACAAAGAAUGAACCCAGCACUGCAGCAGCAGCAUCAGAAGAAAGAUGGAAUCAUCUCUGAUAAGAAAAGAGAUGGAUCAAUGAUCAAUUGCUUUCAAGGAACUCUUUACUAUCAGAAUCACAAAGACUCUUUACUGAUAGACUCUGUAAAAGGGAAAAAGAGCUCACAUGAUGACAGGGAGAGAAGUGAAUGCUCUGAAGGAAAAGUAUCAGCAGUUUCCGGAGACAGCUCAUAUAGUGAAGGAAUGAAGGAUGGCGAGAGGAUUAAUGAAGAUACUAGCAGUUCAGCUCAUGGAAGUAGAAAAAAGAAAGUUACUUUCGGUGAAGCAGAGUGUAUUAAUGAUGAAGAUGAACCAACAAACAAUGAUGAUAACAAUAAUUAAGUAUGCAAGUCUGAUGAUUGUUUAGCUUUAGAUUUUAGAUCCAAUAGUAUACUGAUGAGUUUAGUUGAUGAUGUAUCAAGAAUGAUACUAUACUGUGAAUAAAAUAAAGUUAUUUUAGUAAUGAAA